AUGGACUCAUCGUCAACGCAGAGUGGCUUUGCCACUGGGUUCUUGUGGGGCAUUGUCUUUACGAUAGUUGUUGCAGGGCUCAUUGGCACUACGAUUUUGCACAAAAGCGACAUUUACGGUCUGGGGCACUGGAAGCUCAACAUCAGAUCUUCCCCACCGUCCAUGUGGAUGAACGUUGGAUACUGGAAAACCCCCUCAGGCGAACCCAUCAAGGACUUCCACGAGUCCUCUGCAGCCUUGCUCAAGCAAGUCAUCGGUGCCGCUGGACUCCUAGACGAGGAGCUCCUCGCAACCGGAUCACGUGGAUCUCUCGCCAUUUUAGAUCUAGGCUUUGGCUGCGGCGAUCAAACCUGGGAACUCGCACGUCUCGCCCAGUCACAGAACUGGGAUGACUUUCGCUACGUGGGCCUCACCCUCAACGAAGCCCAGGUUCAGACAUCACGACGAAAAAUCUACCGUGAGAUAGCCAACAGUGGCAACGAUGCAGGGGUGGUUACUGCCGAAUCUUUCAAGCUGUUUCGUGCAAACGCUGCAAAGCCUGAGACCUGGACUCCUCAGGUGGCAGAUGCUGUCUACUCAUUGGCUGACGAAAGGUUCAACGAGCGGUGGCUGCUCGCUCUUGAUUGUUUAUACCACUUCUCCCCAUCGAGGAAGCCCGUCUUUGAACACGCAGCCAGAGAGCUCGAUGCACAGUUCAUGGCAUUCGAUCUCCUCAUCAACGAAUCAGCUUCUGCCAUGAAUAUUCUCAAAGCCCGUCUCAUCGGCAAGGUGAUGGGAUGUCCCCUCAAGACAUUUUUGACAGAGAAUGAAUAUCGGGAUCAGCUGGUCGAGUGCGGAUAUGACCGCAAGCUUAUAACGAUAAAGGAGAUUACCGAUGAUGUCUUUUCAGGACUGGUCAAGUUUAUGGAUCGACAGGAUGAGCUACUCGCAGAAUACGGCGUGUCUCUGGGUGGUUUCAAACUAGCCGGGCGGUUGUUCAACUGGUUUGAUAGGACGAGAGUUGUGAGGGCCGUCGUGGUGGUAGCCCGCACAAAGGAUAAGACACGUUAG